UCUUCGAGAGUUCUCAGCACAGGACGAUCGUCGCGCGUCAGUGAGCUCGUAAAUUAUUCCGAUUCGCACGCAGACACGACGAUCAACCGUCGAUGGGAUAAUAAGAGAAAACGUAAACGAGGAGUCGUUCGAUGAAACAAAUGCGGUCGCGAUUUCGCUCGCUGAAAUAAAGCGAUUAAGAUCCUCCUCGCGGGACUAUUUUUAGUCGAUUUUUUUCACGUCUCGGAGUUUACGAGGCUUCGAAAAUUCCUGAAAUAUAAUGUGAAGUGUCGAGCGUGGCAAGUGAGUGGUUCGUGCGAAAUUCAAAUCCAUCGAUCGAUCCUCGCUGCUUUGAGCCAGUCCCGCGGAGCUUUGCUCGUUCAAUUCUCUCGUACAAAAUUCAAAUUUAUUCAAACUUUUAUGAUUUUAUUGCGACGCGAACAUUGUUCGGAUGUCUCGAUAGUUUUAAAGCAUGAAAAUAGCGAUGAAAGUGAAAGUGUCCGUAAUUCCGAGCUUUUUAUAUUCCCGAUGGAAAAUCAUCGGUUCCCGAUCAACGGGAGCGUCACCGAUCGCCGCGUAGAUCCGCAACGAUUCAGUCACCGAGGUGUUUGAAUCUUCGUCAAGGUUCCCCAGUCCGUUGAUUUCAGUGCGCUCCCCGAAGUAGUCUUGCGCGAGCUUAAAUUUCUCCUUUCCCAUGUGAGCCGAUAAGCACCGCGGCCGAAGUUAGCGUGUCCCUCCAAUUAUAUUUCUGAUUAUGUGAAAAAACCGGUUAAACAAUGCGGGGAACGAAGUUUCGCAAUGUCGUCAAGUCAUCGGGAAUCGUUGCCCUCCUCGUUCUUCUAAUUCUCGCGGACAGUGCGACGUGCAUCAAGUGGCUAGCCGUCGGCAAAAUAACGGAGGGACGAGCCUGGACGAGGGAAAGCUGCACGAGCGCGAGGAGCUCCGGACUUCUCGAGAGGAAACAAGCCAGGGCAUGCAGAGCAGCCCCGGACAUCAUGCAAAGCUUCGUACAAGCGGCGAGGGACACCUCGGCCGUUUGUCAAACGGCCUUUCGCAAUCGCCGAUGGAAUUGCAGCAGCAUCGAACGAGCCCCUAAUUACACUCCUGACUUAGUUACGGGAACGAGAGAGCAAGCCUUCGUCUACGCGAUGUCAGCAGCCGCUGCGGUUUGGCGAUUGGCCCGAGGCUGCGCCCUCGGAAGUCUCGCAGCUUGUUCCUGUGCAACGCCACCCCGUCGAGAACCACCCUCACCCUCGGCCCUUACAUCCUCGACUUCUUUCACUUCGACGUCCGUCUCGUUCGGUGCAUUAUCCGCGAGGAACGCUUUCAAAUGGGGCGGUUGUGGCGACGACGUGAGAUCGGCUUCUCGGAUGGCCAAACGAUUCCUACAAGGCGCUAGCCCACCUGGCUCCGGAUCGACCGGCAAAUUUAUGCACGCCGUUAAUAUGCACAAUAACCGAGCUGGACGGAGGGCGGUCGAGCAAUCUCUGACUCUCGAGUGCAAAUGUCACGGAGUUUCCGGUUCCUGCAGCGUGCGAACUUGCUGGCGGGGUCUCGGAUCCAUUGGACCAGCCGCGGCCGGAGCUCGAUUGUUUCGACGAUACGCAACCGCUGCUGAAGUCAGACCCCGAUCCGGAAGCAGAUUGCCGCCGCUUUAUCACCACGAUAAUUUGCUUUAUACUACUAAAAGCCCGGACUAUUGUUUGCCGGAUAAAAAGCGAGGAAGCCUCGGGACGAUCGGAAGGCAAUGCAACGGGAGUAGCUCGGGUUACGAAGGCUGCGAGUAUCUUUGUUGCGGUCGUGGCCACGUAACAAAAACCGAAGAAAUACUCGAAAGAUGCGAGUGCAAGUACAUCAGCUGCUGUUACGUCAAGUGCAAAACUUGCAGAAAUGUCAUAACGACUUACGAGUGUAAUUGAAAACGGAAACCUCCCCGUUAGUCAUAGCUUUUUGUCGUCCAAUUUUCUUCAACGAAUUCCGAAUUUUCAUUCUCCAUUCAAGUUUUCUCAUGUCCAAGAGUGUCGACGAAACUGAGCAUCUAAACCGAAUUAAACGUCGUUGGAUCGUCUCUCAACAAUUAUAAACUGAAAAAAAAAAUUGAAUCAAUUUUCCUUAUUCUCGUUCGAGUAUUUCGAAAAAGCUGACGAACAAAAAUCUAACAUAAAGUAUCACUUUAGUGACCACUUUGUAUAAAUAGAAAUACAGAAAUGCGAGUCCGGCGUUUGUCUUUAAAAAAUGACAAAUUCCAGCACUUGGACAACCCCUGUCACAAACCUACUCCUUGACAUGGUUCACUUUCCAAAAGGAGGAUUCGACCUCCCAAAUAAGAAAAUUUUUUCUUAAUUCUUAAUGCUCUUCCACAUGCGAGAGUUUCAACAACAUCGAAAGUGGACACCAAACUGAUGUUUAUUUCAGUUGAAUAAACACGAAACGCAUUCGACCUUAAGUAUGCGUCAUAAUCGACCAAAAUGUGGAUAACUAACACGUAGACACCACGCUCCCUUUGAGGUCACACACCCACCACACUGGUGCAAAUUCGCACUUUGACUCCUCAAACUCUUUAUUUCAUUCAUGAAUGUGUGGAAUUAAUCUUACAACGAGACUUUUUAGGGGUAACAAUUCCUUAGUAAUCGAUUACAAUCAUUAAAAAAAAUGAAAAAUCAAAUUUUAUUGUAGAAAAAUGGCCAAAUUGAAGAAAGGAAUUUUAAAGUUCUAGACAAUUCAAAUUUUCGUGGGUACAAAUUUGCACCAGUGUGGUGUCUACGGGUUAGAUUCGAAAAAUUAUAUUACAUAUCCCGAUAUACCCAAACGAACUAUAUUUAUUAUAAACUCGUGUUUAUCUCGUCGUAUUUUAGGCGUUUACUGUCUCUACGUACUAUAUUGAUUGUAUUUAUAGUAGAAUUUAUUAUUCGUAUUAUUAUUAUUAAUAUUCAUUGUAACGAAAACGUAGAAAUGAUCAGCCGGUGCGAUAAAUAGUUAGAAACGAUGUGUAAAUAGCACUAUAUAUAUAUAUAUAUAUAUAUAUUUACUAUAUAAAUAUACUUCCGAAUGUAAGCCCUCAUCAUCUGAAUUAGUCAUAAUAAAUUCAUUCCAAUUUAUGAAAA